UUGAAAUCAAUGAAGAGCAAGGAACAAAAAAUGCUUGUGGAAUGAUAAAAGACAUUUUUACCUGUAAUAUAUGUGAAAAGAAAUUUUUUGCAGUUCAAGAAUUUAUACUUCAUAUACAGGAACAUUUAGGAAAACAAAAUUUUGAAUGCAAAUUCUGUAAAAGGAAUUUUAUUUGGAAUUAUACUUUAAAGAGUCAUCUGUUUAUUCAUGGGGGAGAGCAGCAUGUUCAUUGCGACUUCUGCAAGAAGAGAGCCAGGACGAAAGUUACGUUGAAAAGACAGUCGUGGAACAAUUUCAAAAGGAGGUUUCGGCAUAGAAUUUGGAUGAAAAGAUAUUCAUAUAAAUUAUUUUAUAAACGUCAUAGAAUAAUGCAAAUUAGAACAAAGAGUUUCAGUUGUAAUAUCUGCAGGGAGAAAUUUCUUCUGAGGUCUGAUUUAUUGGAGCAUAUAAAAGUGCAUUUUGGAGGAAAUCGCAGCAGAGAAGUGCUUAAGCCAGUGUUGAAAGUGGAAGACCCGGAUGAAAAGCUCUAUUUAGAACAUCAUCCUUUUCAGUGUGAAUUGUGUGAAAAACGAUUUACUGCUAAAACUUACUUAUUACAACAUCAGACAUGCCAUACAGAAGAUCAAGGUUUUCGUUGUCACCUCUGCCCGAAAAUUUUCCAAUGGAAGUCUAAUUUAAUAAAACAUAGGAAAUUUCACAGUGGAGAAAGACCGCAUCAGUGUGAUAUUUGUGGCAAAAGUUUCAUGGAAAGAGCGCAAUUAGGAGAACAUAAAAAAUGCCAUUCUGACGAGAGACCUUAUAGUUGUGAUGUCUGUGGAAAAUGUUUUAAGUCGCGAUCGAACUUAAAAUGUCAUAAAAGAUGUCACAUUGAAGAAAGACCUUUUGACUGUAUGAUUUGUAAAAAGAGUUAUAGGACAUGGUCGGAUUUAAACAUUCAUAGCAGGUGCCAUUCAGGAAAAAAGCCCCACAAAUGUGAGUUUUGUGGCAAGUGUUUUAGAGUUAGAUCAGCUUUAAGUAUUCACAGGAAAAGCCAUUCUAAAGAGAGACCUUAUCAGUGUGAGAUAUGCAAAAAGUGUUUCAAACAGAAAUAUAAUUUAAAACAACAUAUGAAAUGCCAUUCUACAGAGAAACCUUUCCAGUGUCAAAUAUGUAAUAAGAAUUUUAGGGAAGAGAAACGUUUAAGGAAUCAUAAAAAAACACAUUCCCAGGAGAGACCUUUUCAAUGUGAUCUCUGCAAAAAGUAUUUUAAAGAAAAGGUAUAUUUAAAACGGCAUCUAAAAGCUCAUUUUCUUGAAAGAACCCACCAAUGUAAUUUAUGCGAAAAAAGUUUUAAGUGGCCAAACAAUUUAAAAAAACAUCAGAGAAAACAUUUUGAAGUGAAGAGUUAUCCUUGUGAAUUCUGUGAUUUGAAAUUUACAGAGAGGUCGGCUAUGUUUCAGCAUCGGAAAUCUCAUGCUGACGAACGGCCCUAUCCAUGCGAAAUCUGUGGGAAAGGAUUCAAAAAUAAAAAGCACUUAAGACGCCAUGUAAAGAGACAUUCUCCAGAGUUGCCUUAUCAUUGUGAAAUCUGCAAUAAAAAUUUCAAAGAUCCUUCUUACUUUUCUAAACAUGUACGAAAUCAUUCUUUAGGGACAAUUUAUCAAUGUGAGUUCUGCACGGAAACCUUUACAGAAAAAUUACUAUUAAUGGAUCAUGAAAAAUGUCAUUUUUAUGACACAAUCUAUCAAUGUACUCUUUGCAAAAAGAAUUUUGGGAACAAAGCAAAUUUGGCGAGGCAUGAAAAAUUACAUUCCGAGGAAAGUUCUUUCCAGUGUGAAGUAUGCAAAAAGAAUUUCAAAAACCACAGGUAUUUAAAUCAACACAUGAAAAUUCAUUCGAACGAACGACCUUAUCAAUGCGAGAUCUGCAACAUGAAUUUUAAAGAUAAGCAUCCGUUAAAGCGACACAUACAAUGUCAUACUGACGAAAAACCUUUUCAGUGCGAGCUCUGUGAAAAAGCAUUUAGGAGAAAGUCACAUUUAGUACGACAUCAGAAUUGCCAUACAGACGAAAGACCUUUUGAGUGCGGGUUUUGUCCAAAAAGUUUUAAGUUGAAAUCUGUUUUAAUUGAACAUCAAAGAUGUCAUUCCGAGGUGAAACCUUUUCAGUGUAACCUAUGUGAGAAAAGCUUUAGACAGAAGUCGAAUCUGCUUCAGCACGAGAAGCUACAUUCUGGCGAACGGCCGUUCGAAUGCAAAACUUGCUUUAAGAACUUUAAAAAUAAAAAAUAUUUGAAUCGACACAUUAAGACACAUUCCGAAGAGAGGCCUUACCAGUGCGAUUUGUGUGAUAUGAAUUUCAAGGAUAAGCACUUAUUAAAACGUCAUUUAUUGUGCCAUUCGGGAGAAAAGCCGUUCCAAUGCAAUAUAUGCAAAAAGUAUUUUAGAAGAAAAUCACACUUGGUAAGGCACGAAAAAUGUCAUACGGGCGAGAGACCGUUUCCUUGCGACAUGUGUGAGAAAAGUUUCAAAAGUGUUUCUGAAUUAAACGGUCAUCAAAGAAAUCACAUGAAAGUCAUUUAUAUGAUGAAAUCACAAGAUAAGAAAUGCGAUGAAUCAUAGCUCAAGUAAAUUGUGAUUUCUAAUCGAAUCCUUUUGUUCUACAAUAGGAUAAGAUGUAAUAAUUUACCAUACCUCGAAGAAGUGCAAUUGUGAGUGUUCCUCACAGACCUGUAAUGAUAAAAAUAUAGUUAUGUGGACCAAAAACUGUGUGAAUUUAGAAGACAUGUUCCAAGAAAUACAUAAAAUUAUUUUCAAUAUUCCUUCUUAGCGUCUCCAAAGUAUAGUUAAAAAUGAAUUACGAUAAUAAAACUUAUAAAGUAAAUAUUUACAAGAUGAGAUGAUGAUCCAAUUUAUGGCAGUUAAAAUCAUAAAUAAUAAUAGAAAAUUAAUGUUUAUUGUUAUAGAGCACAAAUUUUAUCUGCAAUAUUUUCAUUAAACUAUUUCAAUUUAAGAUUUAGGAAAAAAAUAUAUUUUGCAGAAUUGAUAAGAGUGAGAACUGUAGAUAUUGGCUAUGAGAUGUUUGGAAAAAUAUACUAUUUGCUAGGUCAGAGUUAGAUUUAAUUUAUUAUAUCUGCUAUUGCAUGCUUUAUAAGGUAAUUGAAAAAAAAUCAUGUAAUGAUUGAAUGCUGAUGAUAUCAGCAUCAUCACAAUUGUAAAUUACACAAUACAAAAAUACUUCUGUGAUAUUUUCAGAAAUGGAGUGUAGAAAGUUGAUCUUAGGAAGAUAAUUUUUAUAAUAGGGUGUAUAUAAUGCAUAAUGUUGCUACAUUUAUACAUAAAUAUAAAUUUUUCUUUUAUGUGUAUUGAAGAAUUUUUGAAUUCACUGGAAUUUCAAUGUAUAAUUUAUUGCACUUAACUGUAAAUCAUGGAUUUAAUUAACUGAUUGUUUGGAGCAAAAAUGUUUUCAGAAAAGCCAAACAUUCUUGGGGCUCUUUGCUCAUUAUUGGAAAUUAAUGAGGAUCAUCAUCGGAAGUUGACCAGAGAAUCUAUUUUGAAUAGCACAUGAGAAUGUAUAGGGAGUGUCAGAUAGUACCAACUGUUCAAUGAAGGAAUUGGUACCAUGUGAUACUCCCAACACGUUUGUAUUGCUAGUCACAAGACUUGAGACUAAGCACCCUAUUGCCAAAUGAGCACUUAUAGGCUACACACUCAAAGUUGCUUGUCUUUUGACAUGUUUUUACUCCAAGAAAAGCAAUUUGAAUUUAAAUUAUGUUUGAGGAAUGAGUUAAUUCACUGAAGAAUGUUAAUUCUGUUAAAUAUUAGCCUUUUUCACAUUUAUGAUUAUAUAAAACCUUCAGUCUAAAUUAAAAAAGUUUCUCUGUCUGGUGACAAAUAUAUUAAAUGGAUAACUAGACAUGUAAACAAUGUUUACAUAAUGUAAAAUUUGGAAAGCGUGGCCAUUUAGUAUGAUGAUGAUUCAAUUCAUAAUUAAUAUUAUGAAAUUAAAGUGCAGAAAAAAAAUACUGAAAUGCCUUCCGUUUUUAUUUAUAUAUUUAAUUGUAAUAUAUGAUAAAGUGUAAUUUGGAAAAUGUGAAUAGUUGUUGCCUUAUCAAAUUUAAGAAUGUAAUAUUUGUCUAUCUCUUACAAUGUUCCUGUUAGAUUGCCAAAUUUAGACUUUGAUUGCAAGAUGAAAUUUGUUUGAAGAAAAAUGUAUUACACAAGAAGCUCUUGUGCAAUAUGAAGCAUUGCAUAAAUAAAUGAAGAUAACUUUUAUAUAAUUAUAACUGUGAUUUCGAUUUUGCCAUGUGUUGCUCCUUUCUAGUCAAGGUUUGUUUUAUAUUAAUAAAUAAAUC